AUGUUGUUUUUUGUCAGUGAUUUGUAUUUCCAAUCAAGAUGCACAUGUAGCUGGAUGAUAUUAUCAUUUAUUUUUUCCAAAUUCAACAUUGUCGUUGUAUCGCAGUCAAUAUGCAAUGACACUAUCAAUGGGUGUUGUAUAGGUUACUUUAGGAAUCCCAAGAACAACAUAUGCGAGAAAUGUAUGCCUGGAUACAUUGGACUCAAUUGUUCCGACAAAUGCCCUUUUCCGUUCUACGGAGAUAAAUGUCAGGAACGGUGUCAUUGCAGCAAUGAUACAUGUGAUGUUUCUACAGGCUGUAUAUAUCUCACAACACUCACAGCUGUCACAACGGAAUGUAUGCCGGGGUACACCGGACUCAAUUGUUCUACAAAAUGUCCUUAUCCUACAUACGGAGACAAAUGUCAGGGAUAUUGUGACUGUAGCAAUGACACAUGCAAUGUGUUUUUGGGAUGUAUAGAGAUAACAACGAGUGCAUCCUAA